UAGCGCGACAGACAUUAUCGGGUUACAAUAGCAGCGUGACGUUACCUUGGAAUUUAAUGUUAUUUGAAAACAACUUGCAAAGUGGUAUUCAAUAUGAGUAGCUUCAAGCUGUGGAUGCGGUGCUUCAGCAUCUGUCUCCUGAGCGUGUCCGCACGUGCCAGUUCCCAGUUGAUGUCAGCAGAUGCCUGUGGUCCUCUUGUCAUCGCUCACCGCGGGGCCAGCGGCUAUGUUCCGGAACACACGCUGGGAGCUUACGCCUUGGCCGUCACGAUGGGAGCCGAUUACAUCGAACCCGAUCUGGUCAUGACAAAAGACGGUCACCUCAUCGCAAGACACGACAAUGAACUCGGCCUAAGCACAGACGUCGCCUCCCACCCCGAGUUUGCCUCGCGCUACCUAACAAAAACCGUCGAUAGAGUCACUGUCAGCGGCUGGUUCACUGAAGACUUCACUCUCGCCGAAAUCAAAACAUUACGCGCCAUAGAACGCAUCCCGGCCAACAGACCUGGCAACGCUAGAAUGGAUGGAGCGUUCGAUGUACCCACGUUCCAAGAAAUUAUAGAGUUAGCCAAAAGCAUGGAAACCAUUUACUGUCGGGAAAUUGGCGUCUAUCCAGAGCUUAAACAUGGCACCUACUUUCAGCAAUUGGGAUUGGCCAUGGAAGGACCUGUAGUUGAAGCAUUUCACAGCAACGGUUACCGUGGUCCUGAUGCCCCUGCGUAUAUUCAGUCAUUUGAAAUUAGCAACUUGAAAGAACUCAAAAAUCUUACUAAUCUGCGAUUGCUCCAGCUGCUAGGGGGAAGUCAGCCUUAUGAUCAGUUCGUGUUGGGCACAAACGUUACAUAUCUUUCGAUGGCAACACCAGAAGGACUAAGAGAAAUUGCUAGUUACGCUUACGCAGUUGGUCCGGAGAAGGCGUAUAUUAUCCCUCGCACUGUUAAUGAUACGUUAGGAGAUCCUACUCCUUUCGUAGAGAACGCUCAUGCUGCUGGAUUGAAGGUUCACCCUUUCACGUUCCGAUCAGAGAAUUCUUUUCUCCCAGCUGAGUUUCGCAGCAAUGACACUUCGCCGGACGCUAUUGGGGACACAGCAGGAGAAAUGCUUGCAUUCCUCAGAACUGGUAUUGACGGUCUUUUCGUAGACCAACCUGACGUAUUGGUUCGAAUUAGAGAACCAUGCGCUAGCGAAUUUUCGCAGUGUAGAUCUUCAGCAACGUCAGUGGUGCCGGUUGCUUUGGUGACAUUAUUGGUACUUGUGCUCUUUGGAGUUUUGGAAUCAAAAGAAAGCUUUAUUUUCUAAGUGAACUAUACAGUGAUGAUGACUCUACCUAGAUUACGGUGGAAGAUGUGUCGUGAACUACACGUAAAAUACAUAGUUUCCACACUUAAGCUUAUCUAUGUGUAAGUGAUUUUAUACAUAUACAUUAUUAAAGUAUUUUGAAAGAAAA